CUUUUUCCUCUUUCACUUUCUCUCUCCAUUACCUUUCCUUUUCCCUUACCUCUGUAAACCUAGAUCUGGGUUCUCUCUCAAACUUCAUCUUCUUCCUCCUUUCCACCUAUCUUUCUUUGCUCGUCCUUCUUCUUUCUUCUUCGUAUUCUUUCUCUCUCUCUCUUUUCUCCCUUCUUCUUCCUCUCUUAAACCCAGAUCUGGGUUUUAGGAUUGAACAAGCAAUUGAAGGUAUCAAAUCCAUAAUCCAUUCUUACCAGAUACAAUGGAAACAAUAGAUUAGACAGACCAUUAAUAUUUGCAAGAUCAUCCCAUUUACCAAAUCUAAAAUGAUUGAUCUUAAGAGAGCUAUUUAGGAAAUAAAAAUUGUGGCCAAAAAAAUCCCAGAAUCAAAUAAUAAUUUUUCUCAGUUCCUACCACUUUCCUAGCAGCCAAACAGAAUUUCUAUACCUAAGAGUUGCCAGAUCUAAAUGCGCACUGAACUUCAUAAUGGAUCAAAUUCAAAAUAGAAAUACACUAUUCACAAGAAGUUUUGGCGCCGACAUGAGCGAGAAAAGAGGCAAUCUUCUUCAUCUGCGCCGACAUGAGGUUUUUUCUUAUCCUUUCUCAAACCCAGAUCUGCAAAAAUAAUGUGUUUUGAGCAUUGCAUCACAUUGUAGUCCAUGGUUUAAAUCCAAACCAAACCUUAUAUUUGUAGAUCUACAAAAAUCCAAACCAAAUACCUUAUAAAGAGCAUCUCUGCCACAACAAAUUCCAAACAACAUAACCACAAAAUAACAGUUUUGAGCACUGCAUCACGUGGACUCAAGCAAAGAAGUGAAUCAAGCAGACUCUUCAAUUUCUCAAACCCAAAUAAAAGUAGGCAAUGGCGUACAGUAGGAAUUUGUUGAUGAGGAAAGAUCACCAGAAGUUUGAGAAAACUCUAGCAAAGAAGUGAAUCGAGCAUAGAACUCUUCGACGACACCACCGAAGUUCCAUCUGAGCUUGUUGUAUCAAACAACUGGAAUUGGUUAUCGAAAGCCUAAUCCUACAACCUGCCAAAAGGAAUCAAGAACCAAAUGGAUGAUAAAGAAAGUGACAAUAAAGCAGAGGCAAAGCAACAUUGGGAACGUCUGUGAUAAAACCCAGAUCUGGGUUUGAGAAAAACCCAGAUCUGGGUUUUUCUCAAAAUUGUUACCAAAGAUAGGUGAAAGAUUUACAGAUCAGGAGAGUUCAAGAUCUUGGGGAAACUAAGAACAGUGACUUGGCUCCUUGGACAUCGAAAAAUAGCAGAGUUGUUGAUCGGUGUAGAACGAACUUCAUCGUCUAGGGUUAGCGUCGCAGGGACGCGUAAAACGAAAGACAAAAGGAAUUGGUAGAAACGGAAACUCUUUUAUGAACAUUGUAACCGAAGAGAAGAACAUUUGGUUUGUGUACAUAAGGGAAGAGGAGAGGACAACAAACGUUGCUUUCGAGU